AUGUCUUCUCUUGUGAUCAGCACCUUCUUCCUUGUUCUUCUUCUUCUUCUAUCAGCCACCGCUAACUCUAUUUCUUGGGCCAAACACCUCGAGACGGUCCAAAUUGCCAGGCAGGGCCUGCUACAGGCCGUGCCUUGGGCCCAAGAGCUCCGGGUUCUUAACGGGCCGGGCCAUCUAUUGGGCUCCACCCAAUCAGCCCUGACCGACUGCGUUGCGCUGUAUGAGGAUGCCGAGCCCAGGCUGGCCCGGACGGUCUCCCGCAAUUUUAGCCAUGAUGAUGUUAUCACUUGGCUUAGCGCGGCCUUGGCGGGCCACAUGACUUGUUUGGAUGGGCUGACAGAAAGGGGUGUGCCGUUUGAGGCCCAACAGGCCCAAAACUUGACUCGUUCUAUUCGGGAGGCCUUGGCGGUUUACGGGGCGGAUGUGAAUCGAAGGAGGAGAAAGAGAAAGGUAGGUAGGAGGCCUGGGUUGAACAAUGUGGGAGAUAAUCUAGCGUCGUGGGAUUCGGAAAAGUCAAAGGCUGACUUUGUGGUAGCUCAAGAUGGGUCGGGGAAUUAUCGGACGAUAAAUGAGGCGGUGGAUGCAUUGGGCCGAUUGGGUCAAAAUCGACCUGAAAGGGUCGUAGUGUACGUGAAAUUGGGAGUGUACAGAGAGAAAGUGGAAAUUGGGCGGGAUUUGAAGAACAUUAUGUUCAUUGGCGAUGGAAUCGACAAAACAGUCGUCACGGGCAAUCAAAACGUACAAGAUGGUGCAACCACUUUAAAUUCCGCAACAUUUGCGGUGGCUUUGAGAGUGAGCUCCGACCUAUCAGUCUUAUACCGGUGCAGCUUCAAGGGCUACCAAGACACACUCUUUGUCCACUCCCUCCGACAAUUUUACCGCGAAUGCCAAAUUCACGGCACAAUCGACUUCAUAUUCGGCGAUGCAGCUGCAAUUCUGCAAAAUUGCGACAUAUUCGUCCGGAGGCCGAUGGACCACCAAUCAAACAUGAUCACGGCCCAAGGUCGAGACGACCCAAACGAGAACACGGGAAUUUCCAUCCUAAACUCUCGAGUGGCACCCUCGUCCGAGUUCCGAGAUGUCGUGGGUGGUUUCAAGAGCUAUUUAGGGCGGCCGUGGAAAAAGUACUCGAGGACCGUGUUUUUGAAGACAGAUCUCGAUGGAUUGGUUGACGAGAGGGGGUGGAAAGAGUGGGAUGGGGAUUUCGCGCUCUCGACUUUGUACUAUGCCGAGUAUAUGAACACGGGGGGCGGGGCUUCGACUAGGAAUAGGGUUAGGUGGCCCGGUUUUCACGUGUUGAGCGAUGCGAACGAGGCUAAUAAGUUUGCGGUUAGGAAUUUUAUCGGUGGGGCCGACUGGAUUCCGGCCACCGGCGUCCCGUUUUGGGCUGAUCUUUGA